AUGGAUUUGUCUUUGGCCAUGAGAGGUGUUGGUGUUGGUGGUUCUCAGAAGCUUCGCCUCUAUGGGAGGUGGUAUGGAGGAGAGGCUCAGAGAAAAGAUGUGCUCGACUCCAUCGAUGCAGCAAAAAGGAACAGAGAAGAAAUUCUAGAAAGUGUCAAGAAUUGGAUUGACAAAGUUAAUGGGUUCAUUCUUGAGGCUAAUGAGUUUCUUGAAGGUGGUACCAAUGUGAACCAGAAAUGUUUCAGUGGGUGGUUUCCUGAUUUGGUCACACGACGCCGGCUAGGUAAGGCAGCAAAAAAUAAAGCAGAGGAGGCUAAAGAGCUGGGAAAAGAAGGCACAUUCAAUAACAACAUAUCCAAACCUGUACCUCCCUUGGGGAUAGAGUCCAUACCCUCUGAACAGCUCGUGCCUUAUGCUUCUAGAGAUUUGGCAAUGACGAAUGUAAUGGAGGCACUAAGGGAUGACAAUAUCAACUUCAUUGGAAUACAUGGUAUUGGAGGCGUUGGAAAGACAACUUUGGUCACAGAAAUUGGUAAAAAAGCUAAAUCUGAUAAGCUUUUUGACGAUGCUGUGAUGGCUGUAGUGUCUCAGAACCCAGACAUUAAAAAAAUUCAAGGUCAAAUAGCUAGCUGGUUGGGUUUCACCCAAUUAAAUGAUAAAGAAAAUGAAAUUGAAAGAGCAAACAUGUUGUGUGCAAGACUCAAGGAUGUGAAGAAGAUCCUUGUUAUAUUGGAUGAUGUUUGGGCCAAACUUAAUAUGGCAGACGUGGGCAUUCCAUUUGGCAAUGUUCACCCGGGUUGCAAAAUCAUAAUCACAACACGGCGUGAGCAAGUAUGUAGAACCAUGGGAAAUGAAUGGGAGAAGACAAAGAUAGUUUGGCUUGAUGUUUUAUGUGAACAAGAUUCAUGGGACUUAUUCAGAAAGAAUGUUGGCGACGUUGUUGCCUCUUCUGCUUUGAAUGAUGUGGCCAGAGAGGUUUGUAAAGAAUGUGGAGGGCUUCCCAUCGCAGUAGUUACGGUUGCAAAGGCAAUGAAAGGUAAAUCUAACCUUGAAGAAUGGAAAAAUGCAGCUCAAGAAUUAAAAAAAUCAGUGCCAACAAACAUUGAAGGUGUUGAUCAACAAGUGUACAAAAGUCUUAGGUUGAGCUAUGAUUACUUGCAAGAUAAGGAAGCCAAGGAUUGCUUCUUGCUUUGUUCUCUGUUUCCUGAGGAUUAUGACAUUGUAGUAGAAGACUUGGUACGAUAUGGGAUGGGGUUGAAAUUAUUCAAAAAUGUUGAUACAGUGCAAGAAGCCAGGAGCAGAGCAAAGUUAGUGAUCAACAAUCUCAUAGCUUCCUGA